CACAGGCCAUUUGUACAAUUUAUUAGUGCCCGCGUACCAUUCUUCAAAUUCUGCCCGAGUAUUAUAUCACAGGCCUUUCCUUACAAAAACCCUAACCCAUCGAGAGACGCCUGCUUUCUACCUCCUCUUGGACGUCCGGUCUGCAGGAGGAGCCGCGAAUCCAAUCUCAGCAGGCGUAGCUAAAAUGACAUUCAAAAGGAGAAACGGAGGAAGAAAUAAGCACGGCAGAGGCCAUGUUAACUUCAUCCGCUGCUCCAACUGCGGCAAAUGCUGCCCUAAGGAUAAGGCAAUCAAGCGAUUUCUAGUCCGGAACAUUGUCGAACAGGCUGCUGUUAGGGAUGUUCAAGAAGCCUGCGUCUACGAUGGCUACAUGCUUCCAAAGCUGUAUGCAAAAGUGCAGUAUUGUGUGUCGUGCGCCAUCCAUUCCCAUGUGGUCCGUGUCAGGUCCCGUACUGCACGCCGAAACCGCGAGCCACCUCAACGUUUCAGACGCAGGGAUGACAUGGCUAAGCCAGGACAACCUCCUCGCCCGGGUCAGACUGCAAACCCAAUCCGCCAGGGAUGAUCUUCCUUUGGUCUGCUUGAACUUAUAAUUGUAUUGCAUUGGGAUUAGUAAGUCUGGUAAAGGCUUAAGUUUUGAGUUUUUGGUUGAAUCAACAGUUUACUCUUUAUAGUUGCUGAAAUUGAUUUCAAGAAAUUGAACGUUGAUGAUGUUCUUCAGAAUUUGCUUAUGUUCCAUUUAGAUUUUCUCAAGAUAUUGUUGAGGUUUAUGGUUAUCACAA